GCGUGGCGUGGGCUUUGCCGGUUCUAGCAGCAGACACAAUGAAACGAGGGGCAAUGUAGGACACCACGUUGGGGCUUGAAACGCAGACACGCCGGUAGCGUAUUAUUUUUUACUUCUUUUUGAUAUUUUUUAGGGUUCAUUUCAUUUGUUUUGUAUUCAUUAUAGAUAAAUAGCAAAGGUCGCUGCUGAUGAGAAAAAACAACGAGUUGAAAGUCUUUGGAGAAGAACCGAACGGGCUCAGGAAACGAGGCACUCCAUCAUAACUUUUGUUUUGUCGUUAAAAGCAGUCGCGAUAAAAUGUCGUUCGCCUAUUCGGAUUAUCUGGCCGCCGAGUGUCUGGUGUCGAUAUCUAGCGGUCCCGUCCUCCAUCGACCGACCCCGGUGUCUGGUGCGGCUCAGGCCCCUCCUCAGGGCCUUCCUGCCGGGGAGCCAGACGGGUCGAGCGAGGACAGGGAGGUGCGGGAGACGCUCCGGUUAGAGGGGGCCAAUAUGAUGACGGUGGCGGAGAUCCUCACCGACCUCCAUGGCAAGUUUCGUCCUAUGUCGGCCUACUCCGAAAGCAGCAACUCGUCAUGCGGAGAGAGCGGCUACACCACGUUGUCUGACUCCACCACCCCAACGCCGACCAUGACCCCCUCUGCCACCCCUGUCCCGGGACAGUACAAUAGCACCCCUCAGCAAUUUUGGGCAGGAGGCGGUGCACCCCGGUCCCCAACCAAGCGUCACCCCUGUACUUUCGACGGGUGUGACAGGGUGUAUGGCAAAUCAUCCCACCUGAAAGCGCACAUCAGGACCCACACAGGUGAGAGGCCCUUUCCUUGCACCUGGCCCGACUGCGAAAAGAAGUUCGCCCGUUCCGACGAGUUGGCCCGACACCUGCGUACCCACACGGGCGAGAAACGCUUCCUGUGCCCGCUCUGCGACAAGCGCUUCAUGCGCAGCGACCACCUCAUCAAGCACGCCCGCCGGCACCCCAACUUCCACCCCUCCAUGAUCAACCGCAAAGGUUCGGCUCAGGGAUCUGCUUCAACCCAGCCUGCCACCGCCGCCUCAGAGUACGCCAACACUGCCAUGUAGACCCUCGCUGGGACCCCUGCCUUCUGCACUGUGAUCACCGUCUCUGUAAGACACUGCAGCUUACUCGAUUGCCGUGCAUGCUGGGAUCCUUUUAAGCUCAGUCCUCACUUCCACUGGCCAAAAAUGAAGAACUUCAUCACGUCUUCCUCCGAACCCCUUCGCCCAAGGAGUGACAACCAAAAUAAGCGAAGGAGACACAAACGCUCAAGCACAUUCCCAAGUCACGUGAUUAAAUUAUCACAUGACCGACAAGUGACACCGAACGCAACAUUGGUCUUAAAUUGCUUGCUUUAAGUGUUAUAGAUUCAUCCGAAAUGCCGGAAAGGACUUUUUUGGAUGCAUGCAGACAAAAUUGCUACUAGUAGGCACAAUGUUUUCCGUCGGCCAUCUUUGUUGUUUCACUUGUCAGCCAUGUUUUAUAACCUUCCUAAAGGAUAUGUCACAGUUUUAGGGAAAGUUUACUCGUUCUUUCCAUCUAUCGUCAAAAUUUCGCACAACCUUGUUUGUCUUGUCUUUUUGUAUAGCCAAUAUACUUUUUGUAUAUUACCUUUUGGUAAACCCUCCCUGGUUUUUGUUGUCCACACAUGCUGUGCAAUACAGUAACCAGGUUCAGUUGCAGAAGUAUUUGUUUGUUACUCACAAAUUAGUCACGCAUAACAAGUGCGCUGACUUUAUGCAUUCUUAAACCUCCUCGGCUUUCCUAAAUCUUUAAGUUGUGAUGUUAAGUUUAUCCAUUCCUUAAAUUAAUACUAUUCUUUACAACCUUUGAAACCAAACAACGGUAAAUAUCGAAACUGAAACGGCCAGUGAGUUUCUUCUGGGUAGAAACACUGCCUGCAAUGCCGCAUUUCCACAUAGCUUUCCCUACUGAAAUUGUAAUAAUUUAUUGUCAUCUUAAAUUCCUUAUGUUUUCUAUUAGUAGUAUCAGCAUGGCAACUGAAAUAGUGGGGGUUUUUUAAUUAGUAAUAUUAUUAGACCAUGCAUUUAUUAUAAUUAUUAUUAUUUUCCGCUUGGAGGAACUCUUUUGUUUGGCCAUGUAGUGUCGAUACAUGUAGCAGUGUGUUUAAUAGUAAUGUGGAUACGUGUAGAUAAAUAUCUAUGCUUGCAGCUUCAAUGGUAAAGAUGUUAUUAUAUGAACUACUAGAAGUAAUACACCUUAUAUUAGGGGUGACAGUACACGCUUGAAUAGAAUAGUGCUGCUUGUGUGCGAAUGUUUGCGCGUCACGUUCGUGUGUGUGUGCGUGUGUGAGUGUAUAUUCACACGGGAGAGCCUGGAAAAUGAUCUCUCUCCAAAACUGUCCCACCUGCGGACCUCUUAGAACUAUCUCAGAGAACAAAAAAGAAAAAAAAAAAACCAUCAGGAAACUCAGAAAGCCUUAAAAUUCUUUGACUUGUUUUGCACCAUUGUUUACUGUCGGAUAUUUUCUACAGGUAUGCCGUCAGGCGUCGGUCUUCUCGACUAAAGAAAUACACAUGCAAUAUUGCACUUUUCUUACUGGUAUUGUCAACAAUGCUAGUCGUCUGCUAGUGUGAUGGGGUUCGCUGCAUAGAUGCUACUGCAUAGUGCUCAACUAAACGAACACUGUGGAAGGGGAUAAAGACCUGUCACAAUAAAUCGAUACAUUUGUCUGAAAAUAAUGCGCACCUUCGUCUGAGUGCUUAAACCAGUGUGAGGAAAAAUGGACUUGAUUUUUUUGUGGACUUUUCACUUUCGUUUGUAUUUUGCUUUACAUUUGGAUUGCAACAUGUAAUGGAUACAAAAGCUCUGAACGCAGUUGGUCUGGUAUCAAAACUACAGCUUUUUUUAAUGGUUCAUCAUACUGUUUUCUAAUAAUGCAAUAUUCAGAGUGCUUUAAGUAACUGCUGGCAGUAACUUGAAGCAUGAUGACAACUCAUAAGUUCUCAACCACAUUAACAAACCAAACCAGAAUAGCAUCUAAGACUCUUUGUUUGUUCUGUAGCUAAUUAAAGGAUGUAUUCGUCACAAUGCUUGUAUGUUUGGCCGGGUUUUUUCUUUUUUUUUUGUGUCGUCUUUUAGUAGUAGUUUUCCUGUAGUGAGUCGUCUGUGGACCUGUUGACCAUUGAAGACAUCAAUGGUUCACUGUGUUGGGCUGCGGUGGGCUUUGUAUGUGAUUCUCGACAGACUGAGACCAUUGUGAUCACGUCUUUUGACUUUCACUCACAAUGCCCUCUUUUAGCAGUCCGGAUUCAACUUUGCAUUUGAUAUCCCUCCCAUUAUACUCGACACAUUUGCAGCUAGUACUCUGGACAGCCAUCACAAACCACUGGAUCAAAUCAGAUUUUUUUUUUUUUUUGUGCGUGUGUGUGUCUUUGUGGUCUUUAAUUUCAGUUAUUAUCUUUUGUAUUUGGUUUGAAUAUACUGGAAAGUUUAGUUUCUUAUGCUUUGUAUUGGUUUAUGUACUGUAGAUGUCUGUAGUAUGCAGAACAUAGCUUUCUAGAUGGUUUAGGACUGAACCCAGAUAGCUUAGCAAUCGUAUAGGAGCGAAAACACGUAUUCUGUAGUUCCUUCAGGAAAAAUGCUGCAUCAUUUGCUGUGUCGAGGCAUCCGAUCUCUGCGUGUCAAACUAAGAUGUGUGUGAGCGCAGCUGCUUUUAAUCACAAUGCUAGAUUGAGAAUAUGUAGAUUGACGACUUUGUUUUAGGACCGCUUUGUUGCUUGGCGUACAAUCUAGAUCUUGUCCAUCAGUUUUGACACACUAAAAUGAUUAUGCACUGAUUGGCAGAUUGUCUGUAGUGAUCACACUAAAAGGAUGUCUAAUGAGAUCUACUAAGGUCUCGGUCUACAGCCAUGUCUCAUAUCAGUGAACCGAUGGGUUUUGUCAGUACAAAAGCCUCCAUGUAUCUCCUCAGGUGAUAAAACGUAAUGCUGAAAACCUCUGUCCUUCAUGAGUAGGACCUAAUGUUAAACAUUCUUUUCAUUUGCUUUGUUUUGCAAUAUUCUGCAAUUUUUAUUUAUUACAUGCUUUUGUUUUGGUGUGCUUUAAAAUAUCAUUUUUUUACAGUACUUUCAGUACUUAUUUUAUGGUAUGAGACUUGACUAAUGAUUUGAUUUGAUUAAAUGAUUCAUUGUUUGCCUCCAACAAAAACAAACAAACAAAAAAACUCCAGUGCUUUUUAAAUAAUAAAUAAAUGGAUUAAGAAUUA